AGUGACGGACUUAACAUCUGCCUGGACUGACUGAGCGCGCUCAGUGUGGCUGUUUGUGGAACUUCCGCCUAGAUAAAGUCAUCCUUCAUAUAUUUACUUUUUUGGGGUCUGAUUUUUGUCGCAAACGUUCGAAAUGGAUUCCGAUGCUGGUUCCACGUGCAGCCGCUCCUCCUCCCCGGACCUGGUGGUGGACGACUCUCCUGGAAGGUUCUUCUCCAACAAGAUGUUCCAGAAAUACUGCAGUGACGACGCAGCCGACAGCCAAGCGGGUCACAGCAGGAUGGAGCACUGCGGCGGCGCCGGGAAGAACAAAAACAGAUCUGAGCUGAGCAAAGAGGAGAUGCAGGACCUGAGGCUGAAGGUCAACAGCCGGGAAAGGAAAAGGAUGCACGACUUGAACCAGGCCAUGGACGGCCUGCGGGAGGUCAUGCCGUACGCUCACGGACCCUCGGUCCGCAAGCUGUCCAAGAUCUCCACUUUGCUGCUGGCGCGCAACUACAUCCUCAUGCUGUCCAGCUCCUUGGAGGAAAUGAGGAAACUGGUCGGGGACGUCUAUGGAGGCGGCGCGGCUGCCCAGAACCGCCCCACGAUUCCCACCACAGCCACGUCUGCCCAACUCUCGCUGCAUCCUCUGGCCCAGUCCCUGCAUCCUCUGGUGGGCAGCACACCUGCUGCCCUGCAGCACCACUCACCUUCCACCUCUUUAGCUGCGGCGCCACACUCCCCUCCAUCAGCCAGCUUUCUUGGGUUCCACGCUCCACUUCAGGGCCUCCUGAAGGAGCCGCUCCACCUGAGCACCUCCUACAGGCACUUCCCCGGGAUGCCGUGCCCGUGCACACUCUGCCAGCCUCUGCCCACCACUACCUCCACGUUGCACAGCUUGUCUAUGAACAAGUGACCUCAGAGAACUGAACCCAACAGUUCGGAUUA